UUUUCUGUCAGGGCUACAGCUGCCAUGGAGGCAGCUCAGGGGUGGGGGAGACCGUCCAGGCAGCCUUGCAGGUUCUUUGCCCGGGGGAUGUGCCAGCUGGGCCGUCACUGCCGCUUCUCACACGUUGGCAAGUUACCCCGGCUCUGUAGGUAUUUCCAGGGUGGGGCCUGUUUCUUUGGAGACCAGUGCAGCUACCAGCACCUUCAGGUGCCAGUCACCCCCCCAGGAGGUUGCCGCAGCUCAGAGCCGCCCUGCAUCCUGGCACCGCCUCUCCUGGCCCUGGGGCCGCGGGCCUCGGCGCCAGACCCCCAGUCUGCCGGGCUUGUGGGGGAGGCUGGCGGAGAGAGGCCGGGCAACCGGCAGGACGAGGAAGAGGAGAAAGAGGAGGCGCAGCGGCAACAGCUCCCCUCCCUGCCAUUAGGUUGUCUCCAGUCUCCCCAGUGCCCAAGGCUGCAGCCUCCUCCUCCUCAUCUUCCGUCAGAGCCCGAGCUGCCCGAGGGCAACGUCGCGGGGCCAGGCAGCGAUGACAGCGAAGGAGACGGCGUGGUCUGUGGCAUCUGCAUGGAGCGAGUGUUGGGGAAACUGAGGCCCGAGGAGAGGCUGUUCGGGAUCCUGCCCAACUGCCCGCACCCCUUCUGCCUGAGCUGCAUCAGAGCCUGGCGCCGCCGUCGAGGAGACUUCCCCGCCAGCGUGGUCAAGAGCUGUCCGCAGUGCCGCGUCCACUCCAGCUACCUCAUCCCCCACGACCAGUGGGUGGAGGAGACCAGCGAGAAGGAGCUGCUGGUCCAGAGCUUCACGGCCCGGACCAGGCUCAUCCCCUGCAAGUUCUUCCUCCGAGGACGGGGCCGCUGCCCCUUCGACGCCACCUGUAUCUACCUGCACCAGCCGCGUCCCCCGGGGGCCCGGCCCAGGAGCCGGGGGUCUCCGCCGUGGUCGCCGCCUCCUGCCCUGGAGCCACCGGGCCCGGACGAGAACUCGCUCCUGGAUCAGUGCACUGUGGCUUUGGCCCUGCUGUGGCAUGGGGACCCCAGCCGGCCCCAGGCGCUCCUGGCCUCCAGCAGCAGCAGCCCCCCACCCUCCGAGGGUCACGUCCCGGUUAUCAGCCCGGUGGCACCCGCUGGCCCCUGGCCCAUGUAGUCCUAACCGGGUCGCGGCCAGGCCGGGGGGGCGCAGGAGGGGUGGGGGUGGAGGGGCAGGCUCCUGGAGGCCUGGUCUACCCAAGGACUCGGUUUUAACCUUAACUCUGUGUGAGAAACAAUAAAGCCACCGUAACCAGCGCGGCUCCCGCGUGCUCUGUGAGCCGGCCAGCGGCCUGCAGACCCCUGACGCUGGUCCUGGCGCUGCACAGAGUGUGUGUGAGCGGGGCUGAAGGGGAGGUGAAUUCUAAAUUCUUGCUCCCCACCUUUCCUUUCUCAUUUCAAUACCCACCCCUCUACAUCUACACACCAACACCCCCAAGCCACCCCUCACCCCCAAUCAGCGGGCUACUUCCUGGGUUUCUGAGUGUCUAAAACCGAGUCUCUAU